AUGGAAAUUACUAUACCAACAACUAUUAUUAAACUAGGAAAUUAUUGUUUUAAUGAAUGUCUGUCAUUAACUAGUAUUAAUAUAUCAAUAAGUAUAAUUGAAAUAGGAAAAUACUGUUUCUUUGGAUGUACAUCACUAACCAAUAUAAACAUUGAAAAUAUUAAAUUUAUAGGAGAGAAUAAAAUAUUCAUUAAUGAACCAGUGUUAAUCAGUUUUGAAAUGCCAGAACGAUUGAAUUCAAUCAAUAAUAAAGAAGGUAAUCAUCAAACAACCGAUGAUUUUAUUAUUCCAACAACAAUAACUAAAUUAGGAGAUUAUUGUUUUAGUGGUUGUGUAGUAUUAUGUAAAAUUACUAUACCUACAUCAGUCAGUGAAAUAGGUUAUCGUUGUUUCUCUGAAUGUUCAUUUUUAAGUAGUAUUGAUAUUCCAACAACAGUGAGUGAAAUAGGAGAUGAUUGUUUCCUUAAAUCUCCAUACAAGCCAAGAAUAAAAUGA